GAAGCAGCCAUCUUUGUGCUCUGUUUUAUCUCGCUGGUUGCAGUAGUCGCAACAGGAAGUACGUCAAAUCAAUGACAUCAUAGAAUUCAAGGCAGUACUUUCGAAAUGCAUUACUCUAUAUCGGAACGCAUUCGUAGUACUGACAGUACUCGGAAUGAAUAAAGGAACGCACCCUAUCGCGACAGGUCACGUGUUUCGAAAACCUCAACAUCAAUGGUGCCGACGUUUACUGUCGUAACUGAUUAAAUUGUGCCGAUAGCAUUAACCGGAGUUGAUGAGACUGGCUCUAAAUGGAAAGCACCCUUUGAAACGCAACUUAGGUAGCCAUUGCGAAACAAAAAAAGGAAUAAUUAUAAUCAGUUGUGACCGUCCUAACAAGGUUCUUAUGUGAUGAAAUAUGAAGACUAAUGAACACAUUGACUACAAAACAUCUAAAAUGGAGAAUUUUAAUCCCUCUAAAGUGUCCCCCAAGUGUCGAAGGCCUCUAAGAAAAAUAGAAAACAAUUCCUUAAACAAUAAUUCUCAAAGUUUACAACUAAAAGAAGAACAGCCAAGUUUGUCAAAUGAAGAAAGUGAAGAAUCAUUUGAAGAUCAGAACAUAGAACAGAUGCAAUUAAUAAAAAAUAAUAAUGAGUUAGAUAAUGAAGUACAAUUGUAUCCUGGUUUGCAGAAUCAUUCUAGUUCUCCAAAAAAAGAAAAUAAUUCAAAAAAGUCUAAAGAUACCAAGCCAGUUAUUAAACAAGAAACAAAUUUAUACAAAUUUUUACAAAAAUUUUAUAAAAUAUUAAAUUUUAUACAAAAUAUAAACAAUUCUUAUAUCGUCUACAUUUUCAUAGCAAUAAUAGCAAUAGUAAUUGUCCUAAGUCAAUUUAAUAUCUUUAAAAUACAAACACAAACUAUAAAUAAUCCUACUUCAUUGUUAUAUAAAUUCAUUGAAAGGAUUAGAACAAAAUUUCAUAAUCAAAAAUCAGAUACUUGGAAUGACAUUUCAUCUGCAAUACAAGAAGUAUCAAAAAAUCCUAAGAAACCUUCAAUCAUUUUACUAUUUGCAAAUGAUAUAACCACAAUGGAUUGUUUAGCCAAUGAACUGGCACAUGUGAGUCGUACUAUUUUAAAUGCAGACAGUCAUUUGGUAUUUAAUCCAAAAGAUUUUGGAAAUGAUGCUGGCGAGAUUAUUAAUACAUUGAAUGAAUAUUCUCCAGAGGAAAAAAAGGUUGUGAUGAUUCGUGAUAUAUUGAAUAUUAAUGUAGAAGCAAUAAAGGACUUACAUAAUUUGUGCGAUAGAAUAAAUCCGUUAAUAGCAGAGGUUAUUUACAUUUUUACUGUGCAAACUAAUAGUUAUCAUUCACCACAGAAAAAGCUAGAUUUCAUAGAGAAGCAGAUUUAUAAUAAAUUAUCAAGAAGCAUCAAUCAAGAUAUUUUAGCAGCUCUUGUAACACGCAUUACAGAUGGAGUAAUUGUCUUGGUACAAUCUGAACCAAAUUUAAAAUACUGCUAAUCUGCAAAAGAAAAACAUUUAAACACAUGAGCUCUGUUCUUUAUAACUGAACUAAUGUAUAUUUGUAUUUGAAAUAAAUAUAUGUUUAAAGUUUGAAGAGAAAAAAACAUAAGUAUGUUUUUAUAUAAUUCAGUACAGUGAUAAAGAACAAGUUUAUAGUUAUAAUAGUACGUAAUAGCGUAUAUAAUACAAUAUUAAUAAUAUAGUUCUGUAAAUAAUGAAAUUAAAUAUUUUCCUAAAUAAUUGUUUAAUUAAGGCGUUUUAUGCACGAUUUGCAGUUUGUUAUUUAUACUUGUGAACAGAUCAAACAAAUACAUUGAGUUCUUACUAAUUUACCAUACACAUUGAUUUGUUAGAAUAAUUUUCAAUGAAAAAAUGGCGAAUCGCCAAGAUAAUUUAGUCUCUGAUAUUCGAUUUAACUGUAAAACUUUGCCUUCACGCUUUUGAUAAAUUUAAAUAAUGUUAAUAAUAAGUAUUAAUGGUAAAUUAAUGCUGAAAGGUAAUUAUAUAUGGACUGUAUUUUCUUAUUCGUACUUAAAAAAUAAUAUUAGUAAACAAAAA